AUGGGUGCUGUCAGUCGUUAUCCUUAUCCUAAAGACGUUUGGUCUCCUGCUGGUGGUUGGUGGUCAAGACCCAAGACAUGGAAGACAAACACCCUUGUUGCUGCUUUCGGUAUGGCUGUUACUCUUGGUGCUGUCUGGAAGGUCUCUGCUGAUAAAGAGGUUCGCUAUCAACAACCCAAGCGUUGGAUUCCCUCCAUGAUGUGGGCCAAGCAAUACAAAGACCAACAAUAA